AUGAAGAAGAUGGGCAGGAAAAGGACCUGGCAAGCACGUUUGAAGAGGAUUUGUUUCAAAGACUGUGUCAGAUUCAUUGAUGAUGUGGCGGGGAAAGAGCAUUUCACUCAGUUGCUGCAGGUGGAGCACAACACUUGGUUUAAUACCGACGAUAAGACGAAGCCACUGUGGAGAGUAGUGGUCAAUGGUUCGCAAAUACUAUUUGUGUUUCACCACUCAGUCUGUGAUGGCCGGUCGGGGAUGAUAUUUCACCGCAGUCUGCUCGCUGCAUUAAAUAAAGUCACCAGGAAGCAAGAAGAGAGCGGCCAAGAAGAUAUCUUCCCGACUGAUUUCAAUGUGCCAAAUUAUGAGCUUAUGCCCGAGUCAAUGGCUCUUUUUCGGCUCCUCGGCAUGAGAUUCAACAUUUACAUUGGUCUACUGAGCUAUCUAUUUUCUAUCUUGGUCAAGUUCUUCUUACGGAAGAAUUAUACCUUUUUCACCGACGUCAUCUUCAAAGACAAUUUUCCCUCCAAAGACAACCCAGUGCCUCUCCCAGAACGGCCUCUUACCAAGCUCAAAAGGAUCUGUCUCAGCCCAUCACAGCUCGAGGCAUCUCUUAAUGCCUGCAAGAAACAUAAGACUUCAUUCACUGCUCUCAUUGGAACACUGAUUCAUGUGACACUUGCAUGUGAAGUUUAUCCAGUAGCGAAACUGGGUCUGUCAUACUUUGCAAUUGACCUACGGCGUUUCCUGCCGGCCGAGUAUUCUAGCAUUAUUGGAAAUUAUGUAUCAAGUCACCAGUCUAAUCAGUGGCUAAAUAUUUACCGCCAAGCUGGUGUCAUGUCCCCAGCUAUCGAUACACAAAUUGCGCAUAUGUGGCAGCUAAGCCAAAGAACCAAGGCUGACCUUGAUUCUGCGAUGCUCACGCAUCACACACCACUUCCAGUUGCGAACGCUUUAGGGUUGACAGCCAUUGGGGAAGAUGAUGAGACCAUCACGACCGGGAUAUAUCAUGUUCUAGAUGUUGCUGUCACGAAGUCCUUUUGUGUGUCAAGUUUGGUGGAACCAAACUUUGAAUAG